CGUGUGAGAAAGAAAGCGAUGAUGAAUUUUGUGGACCAAAGUCCGCGCAUUAAGAAGAGGCGCCUGGGAUUUGAGACAGCAGCAUCGGGGAAGAUGCUGCCAUCAGUCAGGCCUGAUAGUGAUAGACAAACUAAUGAGCAACAAAACAAGACCCAAUCUUGUGUCUCAUCUCGUCCCAUGAACCGAGUGUGGUCGUGACACCCCUAGUGUAUUAUAGGAAAUACAUUUAGACAUUGUUGGUGCUGAGAUGAACAUUUCCGCAUGAAAACAUGCAGAUCCCUCUCACCGCAAGAAUCCUCAAGGAGCCUUUGAAGACAACCAAAAACACCCAAGCAGCCCAUCAUUGGCAAACCUCGCUGCCGUCAAACCCCGCACACAAAACAACCAAACUAGGGUUCCCGCAAAUCCACAUGACUCAGCAGAAGACAGUCUCCACACCUGCUCAACAGAUAAACAAAAGCAGCUCCAAGAACAGAAUCCUCACUUCCCAAUCACAGGGCAGGACUCCUGAAUCGGUUCUCCGAGACACCAAGCGAUGCCUGACGGCAUACGAGCAGAACGAAAUCAAAGAGUACCGACACGUGUGGUAUGUCGGAGAGAAGGCCAAGAAACAACGACGUUUGAAAGAGGUCGUGUCAGAGGACGGCGAGUCAUUUGAUGACUCCAAAGGGUUCUACAAAGUGAGGGUUGGAGACCACCUGGCCUACCGCUUUGAGGUGAUGGGGGUGAUGGGAUCUGGACUUGCAGGAAAGGUGCUCAAAUGCAAGGAUCACAAGACCAUGGCGCUUGUCGCCAUCAAGGUCUUUCGAAACACGACCGAAGGUCAUAAGCUUGCACAGACAGAGUUAGACAAUCUAAAGACCUUGCAGCGGCUAGACAAGACCAACAAAGCCAACAUGGUCCACAUGAAGGAGCACUUCUACUUUCGUAACCACCUGUGUAUCACGUUUGAGCUUUUUGAAAAGGACCUCCAUAAAGCCUUAGUAGAAAGCAAACUGCGGCGACUCUGUGAGGCCGACAUCAGGAAAUACGCCAUUGAUGUGCUCAAGUGUCUGAAAGUGCUCAAAGACAUGCAGCUCAUCCAUGGCGACCUGAAGCCAGAAAACAUCCUAUUGGACAAAGAAAACAAUGCAGCAGUGAGUGACUUUGGUGGGAGCAUCUUCAUAAGAGGUCGGCCCACCAAUCAGACACUAGCCUACAUGGCUCCAGAGCGUCUGGUUGGCAAAUGUUGCACCACAGCCUCGGACAUGUGGAGCCUUGGCUGCACGCUGGCUGAGCUGGACUGGGGAUUAUUUCUCUUUAAAGGCAAAGACAAAGCAGACAUUUUUAACUGCAUAACAAGGGUGCUCGGUCUUCCUCCUGUUGACUUGCAGGCUGCAGCGAGUAAAAAAAACUACUGCAUCGAGAGCUCGGACGCAGACGACAAAAACCAACCAAAGAACCCUCUGGCCAUGAGACUGAAGUCUAAAAAUCCAAAGUUUCUGGAUUUCAUUGGCUGCUGUCUCGAAUAUGACACAACAAAGCGACUAACUCCAGAGAAGGCUUUGCGGCACCCAUGGAUCAAACAAGCAACCAAACAUUCAUAUAACAAACCGACUAUAAGCAGCUUACUGAAGAGAGAGAAGAUUCCACCACCGAUGUUGCAGCCAACCACACUUUACAAAUGACACAAGGAUGUCAGACCAGACGCCCGCUUGACGACCAGCUUUUUUUAUGUAUAGGAAAAAUUGACAGAUGCAAAAUAAUUGCAGAAAAAAAAUGCAUGCUUGUCCAAUGACUCAUCAUCAUCAUCAACUUUAUUUCAGACACAUACAGUCCAUGGUCCGUAGAACAUUCAAAACACAUCACCAACACGACACGGUAAAAGAUGGCUAUCCCUUGCUGUAUAGGUUAAGGUGCCAGUGUUUCCAGAAACUACAAAAGAACAUUUAGCAUAUUGCUGUUUUUCCUCUUAAAAUGUAGCUCUUCCUUAACCACUGGCAAGAAAGGCUACUGAAAAACAGCAAGUCCUCAGUUGUUCACUUAGUAGCAGCCCCUUAUGUUUUAAGCUUGUCUCUCGUCAGCAGAAAGUUGCCAAGAUGAACACAAAGCCUUGGAAAGUAAAUCCUAAUUCCGCGUGUUUCCUGCUUAGACUGUUGGGUCAUUAACUCAGUGAUAAGAAUCCUGGCUUUUAUGUCGACCAAUCGUGGCCAAGUGUGUGUGUGUGUUGCGGCUGCAGAUGAGGUUGCGAAACGCUGAAUGUGCCACCAAGUGAAUUUAAAACACAAAUGUAAUUAGGAUGGUGGAUCGGCGCUACUUCUGUGGAGCACAGCAAAGGCCCUCACUCCCCCCCCCCCCCGCCCCCCCCCCUCCCCCAACCCCAUUGUAAUUGUAUUGAUUGUGAUCUUUAAUGAGAUGCUGAUGAAUGGACCUGUUUCAAUGUUAUCAGAUGACGUUAAUUACGUGUUCCAUUUAUCGUUAGCACCUUAUCAGGCCUCGUGUGGCGUAAGUCUGACCAGCACAUGCAAGAGUCCAAUGGGCCCUCAAGUUCCCAAUGAGUCUGAAGUCGAAAAACAUCUCCCCAGACCAGAUCAGGUUCUGCUGCAGAUUUGGCUGUUGCUAUUGAUGGCAAAAAAGUGAGCCAUAGAAUAGGGAAUGCAACAUUCCUUUGGCUUUUUGGAAAGCCACCAUUCAUGGAAAAGAUAGUAAUAACUUGAGAACAGGAAAUGCAACAUGACAGAAGUGGGACACACGUCUAUCAUGGCUGUUUAGUACAAUAUGGCUGAAGCUCCAGAAGGAAGUCUUAAAUACAAAUGUGUAGUUGAGGUGCCGCUAUGUAUCAAAAAUAAAUGGACAUGUAUUAUGAGCUCCAUCUUAAAGGUCAGGUUUCAUCAGGGAAACCCAACCAUUGUGUAACUAUCGCCGACCCAAGGCCACAUGCAGUGCAAAAAUGACUAAUGCAUGUGUAGCGUCGCUAAAGAUGCAGCGCGUUCUUUGGCAAAUAGCAGGAAGCCGCAGGCAGCACAGGAAGUCAGACAUCAUCGCAUCAAGGUCCUCUAUGCUACUAUAGGCUUGUUUAUUAAUGGAAGACUAACUUAAGUCCAUUAGAGCAAAAAAGCUUUGUCAGAAUGACAAUAUCCUAAAUACUCAACACCGUAGCAGCCUUGUUCGUCUAAACACACCUGCAUGAGCUGAAGAACAUUACUAUGCAGCGUCACUCAGUUCUCUUUGAUCACACAUUUUGUCUCAAGGUUCCACAAUAGUGACUUGGUGUGUUGGUCUUGCUGUAAGUGUUGCUGCUGCAAAAGUGCUUUGCUGAAGCCCUUCUGCAAACACCAUCUUGUGUGUGAGCCUUAAUGCUAAUGAGCAUCCAUGCUUGUGUCCGACUGCAUGCGUCAAAGAGCUAUUGUGCACUUUAUGCACUUUUUACACUAACACUGCACUUGUCCAAGGUAGUGGAUGCCAUAUAUCAACGUGAGAAAAAGUAGUUAGCAUAGUAGCUAGCAUAGCUAUGUGAGCCACAGUGGUAACAUCACACAUUUUAACAGCAACAUGCUAGGGUAGCCUAUUCACUAGACAAAAUGAUCAAGCCUACAGCUCCCGAUUGAGAUUGAAGCUGCAUUUUAAGAUGUGUAGUGAAGCCUUUUCAUUUUUACAAGCUGUCCUCCCUGAAAUGGUGGGUGUAUAAAUGGAGCGGGUUCAUCCAGGGAACGCUCAUCGGUCAGAGGUUAUGUCUAAUGUGUAAUAUCCACUAUGGAAGGAAGCGGGAGCUUAUAGAGCUAGAUUUCUUUUAAACAGGCUUUAGCGACACAUUACUGUUACUGUAGUUACUACAAAGUCACUUUUGCAAAAUAAGGGACUUUAAAAAGCGGUGUUCAAGCCUCACAGUCACCCAGAAAAAGCUUUGCAGGUCUGCUUAGUGGCGAGCAACUAAUCUAAUCAAGCUCAGUGUCUUGAUGCACAGUGAAAGCGGAGUCAUUUACCAGAGAGGCCAUUCAAGACACUUCCUGUCAGGAUGAGUCGAAUCAGACAUGGAAAGUUGGGAUGCACAUGAACACAACACGUAGCUUAGCCAUCAGUUUUUAUAAUUUGCAUUUGCAUCUAUGAGCAAAAUUCAAGCCACCCUUACCUGCACGCUGCGCCGCAUCAUUUCAAUCUACAGUCCGCUCGCUGUGUGCGACUCGCAAUCGUCCCAACACCUGCUGUUGGAGAUGCUCUCUCUCACAUGAUGCGGAGAGCAUCCCUCCCCUCUCUUCCCUCCCUCACUCACAGACCGCCUUCCAGAGCCUCCCACUGCUCUGCAAUUCUCCUUCAUCCAUGUGCAUGACUAUUUUGGGAAGAGCACAAUCACUGCUCCUUGCGUCCCCCCCUUUGUUAUGAUCCCUAUUUGCUCACUGACGGUGCUUGUCAAUCUCAAGUGCUAUCAGAAAAAAGUACUAUCAAACCUCCUAAAUGGGGCUAUUAGACUGAUACUAGUUAGAGCAAGAUGUCAAAGGCUGCAGAUUUCCUCACCCAUUCACUUAGAAUGUCGCACAUAGCUUGUUCAAGCACACUGGUGUGUCUAUGCAUAUUUUUGUGUGAUAUUUUGGGAGGCAACACAAGAUGUUCUUACUCAUCCGGUAGAGCUCAAUAUGCUACUUUGCAACCCACACAUGAUUCACCAUUACAAGUCCUGCCAAAAUCCCGCGGAUGGAGACAAGAACUACUGAACAGCAAAGCAACGCAAAUUGGUACUUGUUUAUUGUUUAUUUGAUUAUGGUUUAGUUUUAUUUUGAACAUGCUUUGCGCAUGUCCGAAAAGGAGUAGGAAGAGCUCAUUGGCGAGCAGGAAGUGACGUCGGGGGUUAAGAGUUGAGUUUUAGCUUGGCGUGGGUUAUGCCCGCAACAGGAGCCCCGUGUUGGGAAUUAUUGUGCCUGUUGUGAGAUAAUUCAAACCUGCAAU